AAAUAUUUCAUUUCAAAAUUUGAAUUAAAAACAUCAAAAUUAUAGCUGUGCUCACAUUUUUGAAACAAAACAAUCAAAAUUGUUAGUGAAUUUCCGCUACUUAUUUACCAAAAAUGAAAGUGGUUAAGUGUCUGUCUCAUUGUAUGCGAUUGCUACGCGAGCGCGCCUCGCAGCAGAUAUUCGCACGACGAUGUAUUUCGCAUUGCGGUCCAAGCUGUGCCUGGACGUGCGAAGGUUUCGAUCGCAGGUGCCGCAUCUAUCAGGGCUUCCGUUCGAAACGCGAGGUGCAUGAUGAUCGCUAUAAUUGGCGCGACCCGAAGACAAGUCGCACACAAUCGGGCAUGGAUACGGCUUAUGAGAGGCCUGACUAUGCGCAGACGCAACCGCGAUACGACGACAAGUACUACACUCCGUCGGGCUAUCGCUUGGGCAAUGCGGAAGGCGAUGAGGGACGCUAUGAUGAUCGGGCCGUUGCUGCGCAGCAGCGGAACGAGGAGCGCGUCCGCAGGGAGGCACAGCGUCGAUACGACUUCGAGGAAACGGCUCGUCGCAAUCGUGAAGUUCAGAUGGCCGAACAGCCGACAGCUUCGCAGAAGUCGACGGACUACUUUAACUCGUUUCAGGAUGUAGAGAUGCGACGACGUCCCACGAAGCAAGGUAGCAUCCAGCAUCGCCAGAUGCAGGAACGCAUCAUCGAGGAGAACAAGCGCAAGUGGCUGAAUCGUCCCGAACCGAAGCGGGAGAUCAAUGCGCCCGGUGUUAUAUAUCAGUUAAAAAAUCCUCUUUAUGCCGCAGAGAAGAUACACCUCCAUCAUGGUGGUGGUGCUGGUGGUGGCAAGAAUAGACGCGGCCAGGGUGAUGAUAAGGCUGCUGAGGAAUACAGUCGUAGGCGUCGAGCCCAGCGCUUGAAGGAACUGAAAAGACAGGAGCGCGAGCUUCAAAAGAGCCGUCGCGGCUAUAAAUUUCCUAGGGCUGAGGGAGACUCCGCACCGGAGGGCAGAAUGAAGGACAAUGUAAGCCAACAAGAAACUGAAGCUCAGUAUUGGCAUUCGUGGCAAACGUGCCCUGACGAGCGCCGCAUGUUCAAGACUGAAGAGGAGAUGUCUGAUGCAGAACCAUCGUCAGGAUAUGGCAAAACAGAUGCUCAACAACCCGGUCUCGUGCGUCCACCGCAUCCAUACGAUGGCAGUCGACGUCGGUUCCAGACUGCGUCAUUGCAACAGGCUGCCCGCCUUGAUCUUGCCCCCAAGGCACUGGAGGAACGGGCUAUGUGGCGAACAAACGGCAUUAAGCCCCCAUCCUACGAUAUGCGCGUUAAAAGGCGUGCGAGCCGCAAACUCACCAGCAUGGAGAAGCAAUACCAGCUGGCUUACGACUUAACUGAUGGGCACAAGCGUAGACGAUCCUCAGUGGCCGACGCCAAGGUCCAGCAAUCGCAAAUCAAAAUGCCAAUGCCACAAAAGAUGUGGCGCAAUCCUGUACCUGAUGAUGAUGAGGUUGAGCUAAUAGAUAUGGAAUUGCCGCAUCAGCCGCCGCGCAAGAAAAUGUCCUGGAAUGGAAUGCCACAGUGGUGGCACAAACGUUUCAACAAAGGCAAGCGAUCCCGCUCAAAUGACUUCGAGGACGCAGCUGAGGAGCGUGAUGAAGCCCCGAAAGUAAAACCGCCACGUUAUCGCAUGACCGUCCAGUCGAAGGCUCUCAAACGCAUGCGCGUACCGGUUCAAAGCUUCUCGGAACGGUUAAGGAUUGUGCCUCGCAACACGCCGCACAGCGAGUACACAGGAUAUUCUCGUCCCACAGUUUGCGAUCAGUGGGAGAGCUUCAAGAGCGGCAUGAUCAGCAAGUCCAUCUACUGAUGUACCAGGAAGAAGACAAAGACGCACAAUAAACAAACGAAAUAAACCAUUUUCAAGAGUCACAUUUCGAGUAGGCGAUGAUGAGAAUCGCAUUCACAUUCGGCCAUUGACGCAAGACAAGCUAAACAGAUUGAUUUGAAUAAAGAAAGACAUAUAUAUAUAUAUAUAUAUAUAAAUAUA